AGGAUGAACUUCUCUGGUCUAUGUGGUUCAGCUACCGCAGAUGUGUGUGUUGCCCUCGACAGACAGCACCUGGAUGUUGUAGUUUUAUUUCCCCUUCUAAUUUCCCUUUCUAAUUUCUGGUCUCAGUGUUUUGUAACUCUCUCAAGAAACUCUUUUGUGGAACCUGUGAUGAACAGAGCAGUGGGUUAGAAAUUAAGCAAUUGGUGGAUUGAUUUAUCUCCAUUUCAGUGUUAUUCUGGGCUAAUUAAUAUUUUUGCUGCUGUCUGCAGUCGAAUUCUUCUGUGUGAGGCCAGUCUGAGCAGGUGACAAGGGGUGGAACAGGCUUCUGUCUGAAGCACGGGUGUUUCUGUGCUUUCUGUUUUCUUGAGCCAUCUGAGUUUCUGUUCCUGAACGGCCACGCUUCACCUCUGGAUGUGGUUGUACCAAAAUCAAUAUUUGUCUGCUGUGAGUUUUGCAUAGGCAAAUUAAGGCUCCUUCUCAUCUGCUGAGGCAGCAAGUAUAGGGCUGUGUAAACAGGCUGAGGGAGACUUGAGGGAAUUGCUUCCAAUUCUGCUGUCUCCCCAGCUCCAGGAUGGGGGCAGAUGGGGCAGCAGAAGUCCGUGUAUAGCCAGGAGUCCCCACGAAGCUCCUGGAAUUUUGAGCUGAUCUUGGAAUGACGUGGGAGGGAGAUAACCCUUGUAACUUCACUGUUCUCUGCUCCUUUUCUCAGGGCACUGCUGCCAUACAGUUUCCCCAUUCUCCCUGGUUGUGCUGGGUGGCUUUUGGAGUUAUUUUUUGGCUGAUUGUGUCACUGCAGGGACAGUGUCCCACCCUCUGAGGGCUGGUGGUGCGUCAGGGAGAGGAAACACCACCAAAGCCAAGCUGUGUCACUUCUGGGUUUAUAAUGCUGAGCUGAUUGUUUUGGAGUGGCUGCUGCUGCCUUAGGCUCUCUGGGAAGUUCCUGAUUCUGGUGAAGAAAAGCUCUGAGUGUCUCCAGUGGAUUCCUGAGUCAUGUGCAUUGGACUGUGAACUUCGGAGUUAUUCAUUGACCACGGGAGUUGGGAAGCACCGCAGAGAGCCAGGAGCCUACAAAUCAUCUCAACACCUAAAUGAGGCAUUAAGUUUGAUCUGUUGCUCUGUCUGAAACUCACCAGGGAACACCAGUAUAGAAAUGGCAGAAAAGGUGAAUAACUUCCCACCGCUUCCCAAGUUCAUCCCUCUGAAACCAUGUUUCUACCAGAACUUUGCUGAUGAAAUUCCCAUCGAUUACCAGUUCCUGGUGAAGAGAAUCUAUCAUGUGUGGAUCUUUUACUGCAUCACGCUGGCCGUGAACCUCAUUGCCUGCCUGGCCUGGUGGAUUGGGGGAGGCUACGGGGUCAACUUUGGCCUGGCCAUCCUCUGGCUCAUCCUCUUCAGCCCCUGUGGCUACGUCUGCUGGUUCCGACCUGCCUACAAAGCCUUCCGGUCAGACAGUUCCUUUAAUUUCAUGGCCUUUUUCUUCAUCUUCGGGGCACAGUUCCUCCUCACAGUCCUGCAGGCGAUCGGCUUCUCUGGAUGGGGAGCGUGUGGAUGGUUGGCAGCCAUCACCUUCUUCAGCACCAGCGUGGCAGCUGCUGUGUUCAUGCUGUUCCCUGCCAUCAUGUUCACCAUGUCAGCGGUCGCAAUGCUCAUCUGCAUUAUAAGGGUACAUAAAAUCUAUCGAGGGGCUGGUGGAAGCUUCCAGAAGGCUCAAGAUGAGUGGAACAGCGGUGCAUGGAGGAACCCUCCCAGCAGGGAGGCCCAGUACAGCAAUUUUUCUGGGAACAGCCUGCCAGAGUACCCCACAGUGCCCAACUACCCCUCUGGAAACCAAUGGCCUUAAACAGCAACAGCUGCAAACUGCCUGGAUUCUCUCCUUUUUGGUCUUUUUAUUCUUGUUCUUGGAAAAGAUCAUUUGCAUUCCCCCCCAAGCACCCCACUCAUCUGGGGGACCUUUCUGGUUCUUGUCUCCUGAUCCCUGCAGAAUAUCCAUGCUCUCAGCCCUUCCCACCUCCACUGCACUGCACGGCCAUGGCAGAAAGCUUUUUGUUUGCCUUGAGUCACCAGUAUUUGCCUCGUUGCAGACUGAGAACAAACCCUUCACUGCCCUUGCUUGAGGGAAUUCUCUCCUGACCAUCCCUGGAAAAGGCUCGGCUUCCCUGCGAUGGCAACACUCCCACAGCUGCCCCUGCUCGUGCCCAGCUGCCAUGGAAUGCCCAGCACAGCACCACACCGUCUGCAGCAAAAGCAAUCAGAGCAUUAGUAGUAACUGAUGUUUAUUCUCCUUGAUGAAUGAUGUGGAAAUUUUCACUCUAAGGGAAAUGCAGCACUUAAAUUAUUUGGUACUGGUGACACUGAAGUGAUUUGUGAAAGCUCCACCCUCCGUGGGAGGAUCCCUGCAAGGUAACAGAGCGUGCCCUGGGUGAGUCCUCGGAUGUGAAGUCCCCACAAGUCCUCAUUUGCCUGGCUCAGACUGUUGUGAUGCUACAGGUCUUGCUUUCCCUGCUGCCAAAACCUCUUGCUGGAUCUUGUGUUCCAAAGGGGCAGAUUCAUCUCCUUAGGUUCAUGAUUUCUCACUAAAGCCUGAACCAAAGCCCAGUGGAAACCAGUGCAGAGCUGACACUGGGCCUUGGUGAUGUUCACCCUGGUACAGGGACUCAGCAUGAGAUCUCCCCACCAUGUAACUUCCAUCCCGGUUUUGUGCUGGCCCAAGAAAUGCCUCACUGGACACACUUUGUCCUGUUGGGACAGCUUUUUCCUGGGUUCCCAGCCAGGAGCUGGAUGCAAGAUAAUGUCUGAUCUCAGUGCUGGAGCCCUAGUGUGGUUUGGAAAUCCUUCUGUUAAAAUGAAUAGUUUAAUUCUGCCUUCUGCUGGUGUAUCUGAACUCCAAACAUUACAGUGGGGUCUGGGACACCAGGGGAAGCUUCUUAGUCCUCAUGGCUGCUGUUGGCUCUGUGGCGGGCAGGACUUCCAUGAGGGAGAGAUUCCUGCUUUUCUCCAAGGAUCAGCUGAAGGGAGGAUGAAGCUGUUGAGAGGGAUUGUUUUCCCUGAGAUUAUCCUCCACCUUGUCAUUCAUCUCCAUUCUGUGCCUGAGCCAUCCAAUUCCCUGUGUCCUACAGUGAUCCAGGCAGCAAAGGCUGCAGUUUCCUCUUCCCCCUCAGCCUGCUGUGAAUUUUUUCAAACCUGUCCAAACUGGGAGGUCAGUUCCCAAGUUUUUUAUAGGGAGUGAGUGUUCCAAGUCUUUGGCUCUCAAAGUUUUGGCCAAUGAUCUAGAGUGCUCCAUUUGGGAGACCUAGGAGGGGUUGGGCACCCUGGGGAUCAGACACAGAGCCUGCUGCCUUGGCAGGCUGAUGAGGUUAUUCCAAAUUCCCAAAUUCACACUGAGAAACUGGAAAACAAAACUGGCUCCUGGAAAGGGACAGGGACAUGGUCCUAGCUAGGUGGAAUUGAUUUGCAAGUGGUCUUUUGAAAAUUUUUCUCUACAUGUGCCUUAUCUAAUGAAAUCAUGAUUCACAGAGGAGAGCUCCCACUUCCCCCUCGCCCCUGCAGAAUUCCGUGUCCCUAUUAACUCGUCCUGUGUCACACUGUAAAUAAUGAGGGAAGCACAGUCUGGAGUCUGCAUGACCCCUGUGUUACCAGGGCCAAAGCAAAAGCAACCCCAGAUGGGAGGGCAGAGCCUCCCCAGAUUUCCGUUUACAGCCACACUGACCCUCUGCUGCAGGAGCAGCCCUGCAGUGGCUCUGGGACGUGGAAUGUGCUCCCAACACCAGAGGUUUUUCCUGGAGAGUGUGCAAUGUGCUUGGGAGGACGAGCUCUUGGAGCCUUCUUAACAAGGCCUGAUGGCAUUGUGAAGCUUUUAGGUGCCUUUGUCUAGUGUCAAGUGUAAUUUUAAGUGUUCUUUGUCGCUUGCCAUCAGAGUGAUGAAAGAACUGCCUGGCGUUGACUCCCUGGAAAUACGAUGGAUGCACCAUGGGGUGAGGGUGCCUGGGGCUAAAGGUGGCAUUGGCCACACUUGGGAGCCAGGACAUGGUGCACCCGUGUCCCUUGGUCCUGCCCCUCGCCAUCCUCAGCCUCUUGCCAAAAUUCUUCCAAACCAUUUGAUACCUGCCCCGUUUCAGUGUGUCACGUUGGAGGUUUCGAAGGAACCAAGAGGAGAAGCCUUGCUGGGGGCUCCACAUCCUGCUCUCUUUGGGAAUUUCCCCUUGGAGAAUUUGGGGCUGUGUUGAAGCACCCACCCUCAGUCACACUGGAAAUGCUUGAUGCAAGGAGAGGGGGUGCCUAGGAGCCUGCCCACCGGGAUGGUUGGAGCCGGACACCAAAAUCUCCCCCUAUUAGAGCCUGCACUGCCUGAGAUCCCUGUGGAGAUCAAAGCACCUCCAGGUGGGAGCUGCCAUCUCAUCCCCCUCCCUCCUCUUCGAUGCCAGAAACCGUAAUUCCAGAAAGUUGACCCAACACGCUGCCUGAACAACCGUGGCUUAAUUUUUUCUUUUUUUCUUUUUGGACUCCUGUAUGUUUUUAAAUGUUUACAUUAGAUUUCUAAAAGUUCUUAACAUCGUUAACCCGGCCCUGGCUCCUGGUGUGGUCGGGUGUCACGUGGCGUGUCUGUGUGCGAUGUUUCAUGUCACCCGUGGAGCUCUGGGUUUUGUUUGUGUUUUUCUCCUGAUCACAAGACAAUAAAUGCUCAUCCUGUGCUUGAUGAGGAGAACUGGC